CAACACCACAAUAGACCCACCCCCGCCACCGCUCUCGCACCCCGCAUCCAUAUCAGCUCGCUGCUUCUCGUUACCACACAUCACCUAUCGCCCACGACCCGAUAGCGCCGUCCGAACCUUACCCGAUAUGUCGCAGAGAGUGCAGCAAGGCGGACGCCCUGGCGGUUCCAGGUUCGCACAGUUCAAGCUGGUGCUGCUCGGUGAAUCGGCUGUUGGAAAGUCGUCGUUGGUGCUGCGAUUUGUAAAGGACCAAUUCGACGACUACAGAGAAUCGACCAUCGGCGCCGCAUUCCUCACCCAGACCAUUGCCCUCGACGAGAACACAACAGUCAAGUUUGAGAUCUGGGAUACCGCAGGUCAGGAGCGCUACAAGUCGCUCGCGCCCAUGUACUACAGGAACGCAAACUGCGCAGUCGUUGUCUAUGAUAUCACACAAGCUGCUUCGCUCGAUAAGGCAAAAGCAUGGGUCAAGGAGCUUCAACGCCAGGCGAACGAGAACAUCAUCAUUGCCCUUGCCGGUAACAAGCUUGAUUUGGUCACCGAGAGUCCUGACAAGCGCGCCAUCACCACCGCCGAUGCCGAGCAAUACGCCCGCGAAGCUGGCCUUCUGUUCUUCGAGACCUCCGCUAAGACAAGCGAGAAUGUACGCGAGCUCUUCACUGCUAUUGCAAAGAAGCUGCCGCUGGAUCAGGCCGGCCCACGAAACUUGAGGCCGGGCCAGCAAAGACAGGGCGUUAACCUGAGGCCAGAGGCGAACCAGACACAGGGACCUGCGGGCUGCAACUGUUAAAGAGACAUGUUGGUCAUUUGCUUUGUAGGUAUAGCGCUCGCUCGUUAUGCGACAUUCAACAAGUAGCGAUACCAUGCCGCUGCUCAUUCCUCGUAUCAGUCAGUCUGAUCUUCACUUGUAGGGUACACUUGGAUCCAGGCGUUCCGGAUCUGCUAUGCGUUAAGACACAAGAUUCGGGGCCACCUGAGAAUUUUAAUUAUAAUGAUUUGCCGCCCCGUUCUAUUA